AUGUCAGGCGUUAGUGGGGUACCGCAGAUUGAUCUGGAGAAAGUCCGGAAUGAGUCUGACGGAUCCAUGGGCGGCAUGGCGAAGGGGUUGUUCAGACAAGUGGUGGAGGGCAAUCCUUACUUCGCUGCAGGCGGUGGGCUGAUGGUGCUGGGGACUACAAUCGCGGUUCUGCGCAAGGGCGUGAUCCGGCUGAGCAGCCUCGCGUACCACCAGAUGCUGGUGGACCUGGAGAUCCCGUCGAAGGACAAGUCGUACCUGUGGUUUUUGCAGUGGAUGGCGCAGCACCCGAGCAGGUCAUCGCGGCACCUCUCUGUGGAGACAAACUACAUGCAGCACAACAAUGGGUCGGUGACCACGAACAUCAGCUUUGUGCCGGGCCCGGGGACACACCUGAUCCGGUACAAGGGCGCGUUCAUGCUGGUGAAGCGCGAGCGCUCGGGCCAGAUUGCCAACUUUUCGAACGGGACGCCGUUCGAGACCGUGAAGCUGACCACGCUGUACCGCGACCGCGGGCUAUUCACGGACCUGCUGCAGGACGCGAAGCGGCUGGCCGUGAAGGCGCAGACGGGCAAGACGGUGGUCUACACAUCGUGGGCGAACGAAUGGCGGCCCUUCGGGCAGCCCAAGGCGAAGCGCAUGCUGUCGAGCGUGAUCUUCGACCGGGGCGUCAAGGAGGCGAUCCUCGGCGACGUGCAGGAGUUCCUGAAGAACGGCAGCUGGUACCACGAGCGCGGCAUACCGUACCGCCGCGGCUACCUGCUAUACGGCCCCCCGGGCAGCGGGAAAACCAGCUUCAUCCAGGCACUGGCCGGCGAGCUCGACUACAACAUCUGCAUCAUGAACCUUGCAGACAGCAAUCUCACGGACGACCGCCUGAACUACCUCAUGAACAACCUGCCCGAGCGCAGUAUCAUGCUGCUCGAGGACAUCGACGCCGCCUUUGUCAAGCGCAAGAAGAACGACGACGGUUACACCAACGGCGUCACGUUCAGCGGGCUGCUCAACGCCCUGGACGGCGUCGCCUCCAGUGAGGAGAUGAUCACCUUUAUGACCACCAACCAUCCCGAGGUCCUCGACCCCGCCGUGCUGCGCCCGGGCCGCAUCGACUACAAGGUCCUUGUGGGGAACGCAACGCCGCACCAGAUCGAGCAGAUGUUCCUGCGCUUCUACCCGGACGACUCGGCGCUCUGCGCGGAGUUUGUCGCCAAGGCCGUCGCGCUAGGCGUCCCAGUGUCGACCGCGCAGCUCCAGGGCCUCUUCGUGCUCAACAAAAACGACGCCGCCAGCGCCCUUUCCAUGGUGGAAACGCUGAAGUACCCCAACCAUGCAUUUUGA